CCGUGUGUUUUCAGAACGAGUUGAUGGGAUUUUAACCGAAUUGGUGUGAACUCCGUCGCCAACAAUGGAAGUCCGACUCGGUUUUCUGAAAUGGGUUGCAGUCUUCUUAACGAUUCUGGACCGAGUUAACUCGGUCUCCGGUAGCUGCCAUUUCAGUUUCGUCGACGAUAACCAGCUCUACAACUACACUCUGGACUCUCCCAUCCCUUUCUUCCCUCAUGGCGUCCAAAGCGAAGAUGGGUUCAUUAUUGAGUUUAUUUUCCUUGACCGUCUGGAGCAGCUUUGCAAUGGAAUGAUUUUCAAUCACGACCCACCUAGAUGUGUUGAUUGCCGGGAUUGUGGGGGUGCAUCGCGCUGUGGCAUGGGUUGUAGUGCGCUUGUGGCAAACAACAUAGGAGGUUACGAUGUGUGCACUACCAUUGGGCGUGCCUCAAGCAUUGACAUGAACAUAAUUGACAGGAAGAAUCCUAACACUGGUGUCAUUGUUAAGAUGUCAAGUAGUGGCCUAAAGUUCAACUGUUCGCUCUCUGUGUCUGUGAUUUGUGAUCCCAACAGAGUUCAGGGGCCGCAUUCACUUGAGAAAACUGGGAAAUGCGACUAUGCUACAGUAUUGACACAUCCUUCUGGCUGUGCCAAGAUUGAACACGUGCAUGGGAGAGGGUGGGGCUGGCUUGGUACGUUAGGAAUCAUAAUCUUAUGCCUGUUUGGAGCUUAUCUGCUGGUUGGGGCAGGUUAUCGAUAUAUCAAACUUGGAGUACGUGGAAUACACAUUAUACCAAACUUGGACUUUUGGACCAGCUUACCUCAAAGUACACAGAGUUUGUUUGCAUCCUUAGUGCACAAAUUUAGGGGCUCUUCUCAUGGUCAUCGAAGCACCUAUUCUCCUGUCGACUUUUGAGCAUAGAGAUAUUUGUUUUAGUUCAAGCUGGUGAAUUCAUUUUGUAUCAUCUGUACUCUGCCAUCAACAUUCAGCAAACAAGAGAAAGUGGAUCAGUAUGCGGUAACAGCCUAGUCAAAGCUAGCACUUAAGCUCGGCAUGCUCCAUCAUAUAAAGGGUGCUUUCUUCGUCUCACCUAUGCUUUUCAUUUUUUGUUCCAUCACGAGUCACUUGUUAUUUUCCUUCGUACAUUGUGUCAGCUGCUGUUCAGGCAAUUUUGAAUGUAUUGUUUCCACACGAAUUUUAAUAUUUCUCAAGAUAAAUUAAAAAAAUGAAUACAUUAGAUGUUUA